AUGCGCUUCAACAUCAGCACUCUCGCCUUCUCCCUGCUCUACCUCUCCACUCUCACCUUCUCCCUCCCCAUUGCCUGCCCAUCCCGAGACGUUUGCAAGCGAAACCAAGCCGGAACCUGCAUCAGUGACCAGCGCAGCCAUCCUCUAACCAAAGCUUUGGGUGGUUCUGACCAAGCCCACUUCUCCAUGUAUUCCUCCGAAUGUCGUCACCUCCAUCAGCUUAUUGACAAGUCCAUUAAGCUAUGGAGAGCAGCCAACCGAAACGAAUCGAUCGCGCUCUUCUUCCAGGUCUACCACCCGCAGGCCGAUCUCAAGGAGAUGAGGAUGGUGCAGGAAUGGUUGAAUCCUAACUUGAGCACUCAGUUCAAGAAGAAAUGGUUCGGGCCUGGAACUGGUGUACUUGCCAAUGCUACCGGCACCGAAAGUAACAGUCUACCCAAUGGAUCCGCUAUUCCCAACUUGCACCAAGUCGGUUCUGGAGGCCAACUUUUGGUCAAGAGGGGAUUAUCGUCGAGCUCCUUCAAGAAUCUCGGUCAGAGGAUUUCGGUUGGCGAAUGGGCCAAAUGGGCAACGACUUGUCGUUACAAUACCGACUGCCAGAAAGGCGCUAAGAAUUACUUGGCAUUGAUUGUUGCCGGCUGGUAUUCGGUGCAGGGUAACAGCUGUUUAAGGGGAGUGUUGGAGGGAGAAGGAGAGUAUGUUGCUUCUCUUGCUUGGGAUGAAUGGGGAAAAGAGAAGGUUGUGUGUUUGGGCAAUCAGCCUAAUGGGUGCGAGGAGGCGAGCUUGAGGAAGAGAGGCUUGCAAAUCUGUCGCCAAGAUUGA